AUACGGAAUUUGCAAAGAUAUAUAGGAUACUUAAGGGAAACAAUAACAAAAUAGAUCUCUCUGGCUAUAUUGUGAUAUCUUUACUUAUAUAUCUCCAAGAUUUUGAAUAUCGUUAUAACUUUUGAUGUGUUUCGCGAGCAAAAGAGAAUCCACUACAUAUAUUAAACAUAUGCAAAAAAUUAUGUUUUUACAUGAUAGGAAAGGCUUAUAGUAUUAUCACUACUAAAUGAAAAUUGGACAUACUAUCAACAAGACGGAAAGCUGCGUGUUGAGAUCAACCGAAUAUCGAAAAAAAUAAAAUGCUUUAUUUGAUAAAGCGAAUAUCAGACACCAAUUAGCAAGAUCUUUGAAAAACAAGAUAGCAUGAUGCACUUGUACCGGCAAACCAAGCGCCCAUUUCGCGUACGAGUUAAAAUAAAAUUAUGUGAAGAAAAUAAAAUACAUUAGUCCCUCUCGAAAAUAAGCCAAAGGUAAAAGUCCGUUUUCUGUUAUAGAAGGAAAACAAUGCGCUUGUGCUGCCAUCUGCCUGAGGAAUUUUUCCCAAGAAAGUAGUACGAGAAAUUUGUGAGACUGGAAAGGAUUCAUGAGGAUUUCGGCCUGUUUUUGGUGUUUUCCGAAGUUCAGAAGUAAUAUUCUUUUGAUUUUUAGGUGAAACCAAUGUGGAAAAGAUUGUUUAUGCGAUCAAAAGUUUCAUUGUUUGGAGUGGUCGCGUGUAUUGCUCCGCCAUGACACUUGUUGUCGCCAGUGAAUCACAUCGAAAAACAUUAUUUUAGUGUGCAAUUAGAAUAUGACUCGGUCCAAGUGAAAGUGUUCUAUGAAAAUGUAGAAGCGACUGCGUGACAUAGCCAUGGCCCGUUAUGGGAGCGAUGCUGCCACUGAGACCAGCCGUCUAUUACAAACUCUCAGCCUGUGCAAGGGCAGCGAGGCCGCCCACCCCAGUGCUGGCAUGGGCGGCGAGGGCGUCUCGGGCCCCAGGGAGGCCAACCCAGCGCAUCAGGACGCCUCGGGAUACGGCCGCAUACUGGCACGGGCGGCGGGCGGCGCGGCGGGCGGCGCAGGCGCGGCACCCGCCCCGCUCCCUCAGCCGCGCGUCGGCGCCAUCGAGAGCCUGAUCAAAGAGGGCACCGAGGCCCCCGCGCCGCACCCCCCGCCGGUCUACAAGGUACUCGACUCGCGGAGUGUGAUCCAGGCGUCCAAGUUCGCCACGCCCAAGCAGCCUGACCCCGUGGUCGUGUCGAGCGGGUCGUCGUGUGUGGCUGUCAACGGCGGGUCGUCCAGCACCUCGGCUCCUGGGCUUGUCACAGGCCAGACCGCCACCCCUGCCUCUGUGGGCUAUGCUCACAUCACGCCCACCACAGCAGCUGCAGGCAAGAGUGGGCCAGUGGUGAACGGGGGCACACCUCAAAAGCCUGUCAAUGGGCAGUCGCUCUACUCUGGCCAUGUGCGCUAUGAGCCCCCUCCCAUCUAUGGGAGGAACAAUCUAAACAACUCUGCUCAUUCGAGUCCACGCUCAAGCCUGAGUGGCGGCAGUCACGAUUCUCAGACCUCGGGACAGCAUGCGCAGCAUCCACGAACCAUUCCACAAACUCUGACUCAGCAUUCCAAUGAAUUUGUUGUGAAUCCUAAUUUUUUAGGGCAGCUACAUACUUACGAAAAUAUCAAUGCUUAUCACCAUUAUGGACCACAAGGUAGUUUAGCUGCUACCAUUAUAGAAAAUAAGUAUGCCAGUCCACGCUCUAGUAUAAGUUCACAGGACUCAAAGCAUUCCAGCCCAAGAAGCAGUUUUGUACAUUCCUUGCAAGGUUCUAGUCUUGACAGGACAAGUUUAGCCAGUCAAACCAUUUUAGAAGAGGGAAGUUUGCAUAGGCCUACUUUGUCAAAUAGACAUUUACCACCGCGUAUUGAACAGGAUUUGGAAGGAAAGCAAUUUGUGAUUCCUAGAAACAAUGCUUAUGUUCAGGAAAAUGCACGACACAGUUCACAGUGGAGUGUGAGUAGUGACUCGGUCAGACACAGAGGAUUAUAUUACGACGCGCUUCCACCCCCUCCUGUUCCCCCCCAAUCACUGACCCUGACGAGACCCACACACACCCCAGUUGCAACUCCCAGUCCCACUGCCCUCCCCCCUCCACCGCCAUAUCCUGGAAAACCACCAAGUUUAAAUUCUGUGUCGUCCACAGAUGCUAGUGACUCUUCUGCGUCUCUUGGAAUUCCCCGCACGACAUCUGUAGUUUACCCGCUAGUGACUUCCAAUCAUAAUUAUGCAAACAUUGAAGUGUUAAAGAGUGUUUAUGGAGCAGAUCCUCCUCCCCCACCACCAUAUCCCUCGUCUCUUGUGCGGCAGUUUCAGAAUUUGAACCUGACUUACUCCCAGGCGCCUUUGGGCACACAUUCUCCCAUUCCAUCAACGCCGUCAACACCUUCUACUCCUUCAACUCCACAAAGUCUGCUGAGGAGUGGUGGGGCUCCUCCACCUCCCCCUCCGCCAUAUCCGUCCUCAGUGGUCCGGGCAGCUCAGCAGCAGUUUGUCGCCCCACCACCACCACCACCGUACUCAUCUUCAGUCGUAAGGAGCAUCACGCCCAUUCAGUCAUACAUACCCACCACAAUAAUCACAGGACAGAUUGCUCAAGUGCCACCACCGCCACCCCCAUACCCUUCUUCAGCCGUGCGGAGCGUAGCGUCAGGAGUGAGCUACAGCCAUAGUAGCAGCAUGAGUCAGCACAGCAGUACCAGCAACUCCUCCAACACCCCAAGUGAUCGUCUGGCACAGUGGCAGAACAAGCUGGGCAGCAGUGGGCAUAGCCAGGGUGCACCACCUUCCAACAUGUCCACUGUCUCUCCAGGAGUGACCACAGGGCAUGCCCAAAUGCCCCCCAAUCCUUCGACUACCCAGAGCACCACCAAGUCUACUGUCAGCGGGAAAAACCUAUUGCCCUACAAUGUUACAGCAAAGUCUAUG